AUGUUCCAUUACGGGCCUGCACUCUGCGGCCAGAUACGAGAAUCCUCUUCUUGGAGUCAGGGCAUGAAUUGCGAUGGUUUCAAUGUCUGGAGACCAUCAUCAUUGCUUUUCGGGAUUUGUAUCACGACCCUUGGCCCGAACCCAAUUAAACUGAACAGCAACGACUUGGUUGUCACCGAUGCCCUCAAGGACACGGAUAUCCAGAAGACCAUGGGCCUUGACACGAUUCGGUUCUCGCACGCUAAUAUAGUUGGUGCUGUCGACAUCGACCGGCCUCCCUUUUACCGCUGCUCCGUAUGCUUCUCAAGUCGUGGAGGCGACAUUCUUGCGAGCGGCGAGCGCUGGAAGUUCACCGAGAUUGACUCGGAUUAUUACCACUUCUUUCAUGAGGAAGAGCACCCGCGGCAAGAUGCUUCGUCGCUGGGGGCCAACAGCCUUGUAUGGAUGUUCUAUUCAUGCUCACCAGAUUCAAUUUACAUGGAAGGGAUCCCUGAGGAUUUACCGUUUAGACUGGAUCUCGACACCCGGGUCUGUCGAGUCAAGGGCCCUUCAAGUUGUCCAAAUUACGGCUUGACCGGAGGCGCGGUACUGGCGGUCAUGAACCGCGAUGGAAUUGUUUACUGUGACGGAGUCGAUCAGAAUCGUGAUCUGAAUACGGUCGAUUUGAAAAACCUGGUAUUGAUGACGGCUCUGGCGGUCGCGCAUUAUGAAAAAUGGGCAAUAGCGUGA